AUGGCUGAUAAGAAUUCGCUAUCUGUGAGCCAAACUUCAACCAUCAUUGAACCUCCUGUUGCCAAAAAUACCAAAAAUAAAAAAAAAUCAUCCGUGAUUAAAAAUACAACUAUAAUCAAACCCUCAUCUACAACUACCAAACCGUAUGAACGAACUAGAAGCUAUCGAAAACUGACAGAUCUGGCAAAACAGGUAUUGACUAAUUCGAAUGAAUCAGAAAUAACAUCUCCCGUGUCUACUAAUACACCAACUAAAUAG